AGAACUGCUUUGAGACCCAGCUGAGGUUGUGAUGAUGCUCUGCACCACUAGAGGGAGAACAUGACAAGACCAAAUCAAGAGUCACCUUGACCAGCUGAAUAAAUGAAAGUAAAAGAAAGGAUAACAUUUUGAGGGUUUAAACCUGUGCCUGGACACUUAAGUGGCAGCAUAUUGUGGUCUGCAGUUUUUGAGACAAAAGAGCAGGAAGGCAGUGUUUCAAAAAUGAGUUCCCAUGAGAAAAGAGAGAAUGAAGACACUAUGUCUGAAAUGAGAUCUCCUUCUCCCAGAUCAAGCUGUGCAUCUUUGUCUGAUAAUUCCAUAUACAAGCUGCCCCCUGAAAUCAGUGAUGCAACAGAGACCUCCAGUGACUGCAGAAACAACAGGAAGAAGAGAUCAAAAUCUCCAGAACCCAGCGGUGUGUCUAUGAAUAGUACAAGAUCCAUGGAUUUUGCCAUUUCAUUCAAUGAUGGAACAGUGACCUCUUCCCCACACAUUGUAGAGACAGAUUAUACAAUUGCAUCCUACAAUCAGACCCACAUCAGGCAGGGAAGACCUGAAGCAUUCCUGCAGAGAGUCAAAGACCAGCACAAAACCAGCAUGAUAAACAAGUUUGGUUGCUUAUUUGAGGGAAACAAACUGCAAGAGAAUGAAACCCUCUUGAACAGGAUCUACACACAGCUCUACAUCAUAGAAGGAGAGAGAGAAGGAGUGAAUGAAGAACAUGAGGUUUUACAGAUGGAGAAAUCAUCCAGAACACAAAACAAUCCAAUAGAUUUUAAUGACAUCUUUAAAUCCUUAUCUAAACCAGGAUAUGAGAAGAAAGACAAAAUCAAGACUGUUCUUACUAAAGGCAUCGCUGGAAUUGGAAAAACUGUCUCUGUGCAGAAGUUCAUUCUAGACUGGGCCAAGGGAGAAGCCAAUCAGGAUGUAGAUUUCAUGUUUGUGUUUCCAUUUCGAGAGCUGAACUUGAUCCGAGAUCAUCAGUACAGUCUUCACAGAUUUCUGCUGGACUUUCACCCUGAACUUCAAGAUCUGGACUCAAAGACUUAUGAGGAGUGUAAAGUUGUGUUCAUUCUUGAUGGUCUGGAUGAAAGCAGAAUGACACUGAUGUUGUCAGAUAAUGAGAAGGUUUGUGAUGUGAAUGAGUCUUCAUCAGUGGGUGUGUUGAUGUCAAACCUCAUAGAAGGAGAUCUGCUUCCCUCUGCUCUCAUCUGGAUCACUUCCAGACCAGCAGCAGCCAAUCAGAUCCCCUCCAAAUACAUCAACCGUGUGACAGAAGUUCAGGGAUUUGAUGAGCCUCAGAAGGAAGAAUAUUUCAAGAAGAGAAUCAGUGAUGAGCAUCAAGCCAGCAGAAUCAUCUCACACAUCAGAAGAGCAAGAAGCCUCCACAUCAUGUGCCACAUCCCUGUCUUCUGCUGGAUCUCAUCCACUGUGCUUCAAAACCUCCUGAAAGAAGAUCUGAGUGCAGAAAUCCCUCAAACUCUGACUGAAAUAUACAUCCACUUCCUGCUGAUUCAGAUGAACAUGAGGAAUCAGAAGUAUAAAGAAAGAGAUCCAGAGAAACUCCUGAAGUCCAACAGUGAAGUAAUUGUGAAACUUGCUGAAGUGGCUUUCAAGCAGCUGAUGAAGGGCAAUGUGAUGUUGUAUGAGGAGGACCUGAGAGAGAGCGGCUUAGACAUUACUGAUUGUGGUAUUUGUACUGAGAUCUUGAAGGAAGAAUCUGUGAUUCAUCAGAGGAAAGUCUACUGCUUCAUUCAUCUGAGUGUUCAGGAGUUUCUCGCUGCUUUCUAUGUGUUUUACUGCUAUUUAAGCAGCACCAUGGAAGCCCUUAAGACAUUUGAUUCAUUGCACAAUUUACAUAAAGGUGCAAUAGAUAAAGCCUUAGAAAUUAAAAAUGGACAUCUGGAUCUGUUCCUGCGGUUCCUGCUGGGCAUCUCACUGGAGUCCAAUCAGAGACUCUUACAGGAUCUACUGACACACACUGAGAGCAGCUCAGAGAGCAUCAGGAGAACCACACAGUACAUUAAAGAGAAGAUCAAAGAUGGACGUGGACUCUCCACUGAAAGAUCCAUCAAUCUGUUCCUCUGUCUGCUGGAAGUACAAGAUCAGACUCUGUCCAGAGAGAUUCAGGAGUUUGUGAAAUCAGACAAACACAGAGUGAAGAAACUCUCUCCAUCUCACUGCUCAACAAUUGCCUACAUGCUUCAGAUAUCAGAGGAGGUGCUGGAUGAGCUGGAUCUCAAGACAUACAACACAUCAGAUGAGGGCAGAAGAAGACUGAUGCCAGCUGUGAUCAACUGCAGAAAAGCUCUUCUUGCUGACUGUAAUCUCACUGCUCAGGAUUGUGAAAUUGUGUCAUCAGCUUUACAAUCCUCAAACUCUGUCCUGAGAGAGCUGGACCUGAGUAACAAUGACCUGCAGGAUUCAGGAGUAAAGCUACUCUCUGAUGGACUGAAGAGUUCAAACUGUCAGCUGAAGAUAUUGAGGUUGUCUGGCUGUAUGGUGACAGAGGAAGGUUGUCAUUAUCUGUCUUCAGCUCUGAGUUCAAACCCCUCACACCUGAGAGAGCUGGAUCUGAGCUACAAUCACCCAGGACAAGCAGGAGUCCAGCUGCUCUCUGACAAACUGAAGGAUCCAAACUGCUCACUGGAAAUACUCAAUUUGGACCAUGGAGAGCCUUUCAGGAUCCAACCAGGGCUACAGAAAUAUUUCUGUGAUCUCACACUGGAUCCAAACACAGCAAACACUCAACUCAUUCUGUCUGAGAACGGAGAGGUGAAAUAUGUGGAACAGCCGCAGCCGUAUCCUGAUCAUCCAGAGAGAUUUAAAUAUAUUCCUCAGGUUCUGUGUCGAGAGAGUCUGACUGGACGCCAUUACUGGGAGGUUGAGCGGACUGGCUGGGCUCGUGUAUCAGUGGCCUACAAAACAAUCAGCAAAGAAGGGACUGUUGGUAAGUUUGGAUACAAUAACAAGUCCUGGUGUCUUUUCUGCAUUAGUGAUGGAUUUGUUGUCUGGCACAACAAUCAGAACAACAACAUUCCUGCUCCUUCACGCUCCUCUAAAAGAGUAGGAGUUUAUCUGGACUGGCCGGCCGGCACUCUGUCCUUCUACAGUGUCUCUGACACACACACACUCACACACUUACACACAUUCAACACCACAUUCACUGAACCCCUCUAUGCUGGAUUUAAGGUUUUUGAUUCCUCACUUUCACUGUGUAAGAUUACACAACAGACAAACAACUGACUUCUACUUCCAUUUUAUCAUGGUCAUAUGUCUAUUUAUGAAUAGAUUUGUUGCAUGAGGUAUAUCAUUUAUGAAUUUAACUGAAAUAGUAAAUGCAUGUUGUACUUUCAUAUGUUAUUAAACACAAUUGUAUAAAAUUACUAUGUAUUGUAUAUUCAGUCCCACUUUAUAUUAGAUGACUUUAACUACUACUUAUGUCAAAAAAGUACUUAUUGUGUUGAUGUUGUAUUUUAAAACACUGUUUCUGCUAUUGAUGUGGGAUACGGGUGAGGUUAGGACAGGUUUUCUGUUAUGGUUAAGUUUGAGUGUGGGUUAAGGGAUAGGGACCGGGUCAACAGUGUAAUUAUAGACGUGACUACAGAAAUUAGUAACAGAAAUAAUAUUUAUGAUAUAUAAGAGAGCAUAUUUAAGAGAGCAAACAUACAUUUGUGUUGUAUGCCAUUCAUGCUGUUUCUUUAUCUCUUCCACAUUACUUCCUACACGUAUAUAACAUAUAUGUACUGCAGUCAAUUCAAUCAUUUUUAUGUUAUUUUGCUGUUACUGUUUAAUCAUAACUGUAUGUUGAGGGCUGCAUUGCCUUCACAAGUAAAUUAGAGAUAAGAGAAAGAGAGAGUCUCCAUUUCAAGGAUUUAUCAUCACAGGAUGAUGUUGUUGGGAAGCAGUAAUUUUUGUUUUGGUAUAUUAACACUUGUUGAAUUUGUGUAACUAAACAUGAAAACUGAUGUAACUAAGUUUAUUCAAUAAACUCUAAUAAUUUUUACUAUCA